AGUCGUCUCGCGUCGCGGAUACGCGUCGCACGCCGCGCAAAGGAUAUCCCGAACCUGGGGAGAGAAUCCUCCCAAAGAUACGCGCUCACCUGCGCUUUCUUUCUCUCUCUUUCUCUCUCUCUCACUCUCUCUUUCUCUCUCUCUCUCUGUCUAUCUGUCUGUCUGUCUCUCUCUCUCUCUCUUUCAUUUAUUAUUUAUCUCUUUCUCUUUUUUUAUCCUUUCUCUCUGUUACUCUCUUUUACGCUUCUCGAUCCAUCCAUCCAUCAAUCUACCCAUUCGUCUGCUUGCUUUAACCCUCUUUACUAUAAUCGAAUCAAAACUGGACUUGGCCGAGAGAGAGCUAGCGUUUUCCAUCCACUUCUUUCUUUUCUACGACAAACUCGAGGUCACUUCAUCGAGAGGAUGCGCGUCCUAUCGACGGUGAAUCGACGACUCGAAAACUCACCGUGGAUGCAGCCUGGAAUAGGAGUAGGUGGUGGAGGAGGAGGAGGAGGAGGAGGAGGAGGAGGAGGAGGAGGAUGUAGAGGAGGAGGAGGAGGAGGAGGAAGAGGAGUAGGCGGUGGCACGGUCCACGUGGCUGGAACAGCCGACGAUGAGGCUCCGAAAGAUCCAGGCGCUCGCAUUACCCACCAAUCCUACACCGAAAAGGAUUAUGAAGGUCACCGAGCACAUACGGUCUAUGUGGGCGUACAUUUACCCGGCGAGAGAAGACAUCGUCGACACCAUAAACACCAUCAUUCUCAACGGCAAUCGUAUGGUGAUACUAAAGAGGAUAUCGACAACGAAAGACCUAUCACGCCGCCGGCUCAGAGAGUGCAAUUUAUUCUUGGCGAGGAAGUCGGGAACGAUGCUCACGAAUCGCAUCCUCUCUUUUCCGAGAUGGAAGAACUCGUCAAGGAUGGAGAUGAAAUGGAGUGGAAGGAAACCGCGAGAUGGAUCAAGUUCGAGGAAGACGUUGAAGAAGGUGGAAACAGAUGGAGUAAACCGCACGUAGCAACGUUAUCGUUACAUUCGCUCUUCGAACUGAGAAGUUUACUUUUGAAUGGUACCGUGAUGCUCGACAUGGAGGCCAAUAGUCUCGAGCAGAUAGCCGAUCUCGUUCUAGAUAAUAUGAUCAACAAAGGUGCACUGCCGAUCGAGUCACGGGAAAAGGUAAGAGAAGCUCUUCUAGUGAGACAUCGACAUCAGCAUGAGAGACGUAAGGACAACAACAUGUCGAGAUUACCGAUCAUAAGAUCUUUGGCAGAGAUUGGACGUAAUCAUUCGUCAUCAAAGAAAUACGGCUGUACAUGUGGUAUGCAUGCCUUGUUGACGUCAGAUUUGCAGGAGCGUCGCGACGUCGGGGACGCCUAUGCGCCCACCGUCGGCCGCAGCAGCAGUUGUCCAAACUCGAAUACGGCCCUACUUUCGAAAGAGACGAAAGAUCUGAAAGGGCCUUACCUCCUGGUACCAGGUCAAGAACCAGGUACCAAUGGAAUUGAUCGAAGUCCGAGCAGCGUUUCGAUCAGCAGAAAUCACAGUUCUUCCGCAUUGGAAAAUGGAGAUGCCAAUCAUAGGGGUAACACGCAUUUCAUGAGAAAGAUACCGGCCGGUGCCGAAGCAAGCAACAUUCUCGUGGGUGAGGUCGAUUUUCUAGAUAAGACCCUGUCUGCCUUCAUACGACUCAGUCAAGCAGGAAUAAUGGGUGAUCUAACGGAGGUACCGGUGCCAACGAGAUUCAUCUUCGUUCUUUUAGGACCUAUGGGUGGAAUUUCGGGUUUCCACGAAAUUGGACGGGCAAUGGCGACGCUAAUGUCCGACGAGGUCUUCCACGAUGUCGCAUACAAGGCCAAAAAUAGGAACCACCUUCUCGCGGGUAUCGAUGAAUUUUUAGACGCAGUGACCGUCUUGCCUCCGGGCGAAUGGGAUCCUACCAUCAGGAUAGAACCACCGGCUGCCAUACCGUCGCAAGACGUAAGGAAAAGGCCAAAGGAGGAAAAGCCAAAGGAAGAUGCCGACGAGGAGGCCGACGAACAGAAACUGAGAGAAGAAUCUGGUUUAUCCAGAACGGGAAGGCUUUUCGGUGGUUUGAUAAACGACGUGAAAAGAAAGGCGCCAUUCUACUUUUCCGAUUUCAAAGACGCGCUGGCUCUACAAUGCGUCGCAUCCUUCAUUUUCUUAUACUUUGCCUGUCUCUCGCCCAUCAUAACCUUCGGUGGUCUUCUGAGCGAGGCCACGGGAAAGAACAUGGCCGCGAUGGAAUCAUUGGUAUCCGGAUUCGUUUGCGGCCUUGGAUAUGGACUCUUCUCGGGACAACCGCUAACUAUUUUAGGAUCAACCGGACCGGUCUUAGUCUUCGAGACGAUCGUCUAUGAAUUUUGCAAGCAAUCCGAUUGGAAUUACAUGUCCUUUCGCUUUUGGAUCGGUACGUGGACGACCCUCAUUUUGUUAACACUCGUAGCCCUUGACGCGAGCGCCUUCGUCUGCUACAUAACCCGAUUUACCGAAGAAAAUUUCGCCACUCUCAUCGCUUUCAUUUUUAUUUACAAGGCUGUGGAAAACGUCCUCUCGAUCGGCAAAAAGUAUCCUAUAAAUACUCACGCCAACGAUCCUUUGGUUUUCGAAUGCUGGUGCAAACCACCGAACGAUAGCUCCUCCUAUGGGUUCGAGAACGUAAAUUGGACGACGCUGGAUCGGACAACGUGUCAGAAUUACAACGGCACGCUUAUAGGAGAGGGUUGUAACGUACCGCAAUACGUACCCGAUGUGUUCCUCAUGUCAAUUAUCCUUUUCAUGGGCACCUUCUUGUUAUCCAUCGAGAUGAAGGACUUUAAGAAUGCUCUUUUCUUUCCAUCGAAGGUCAGACAAGUGUUGAGCGAUUUUGCCGUUAUAAUCGCGAUCUUCUCGAUGUCCUUGUUGGAUCACUUCGUGGGUAUCCCAACGCCAAAGUUAGAAGUACCUGAAGAAUUCAAGCCGACCCUGGAAGGCCGGGGAUGGAUGAUUUGGCCUUUUCAGAAUAAUCCAUGGUGGAGCGCCAUCGUGGCUAUUCUACCCGCUCUCUUGGGCACUAUACUGAUCUUUAUGGAUCAGCAGAUAACGGCGGUGAUCGUUAAUAGGAAAGAAAAUAAGUUGAAGAAAGGAUGCGGUUAUCAUCUGGACCUGUUUAUCCUGGCAAUCCUGAUAGAGGUCUGUUCGAUUAUGGGCUUACCGUGGUUCGUGGCGGCUACCGUACUUUCGAUAAAUCACGUGAACUCGUUGAAAUUGGAGUCGGAAUGCGCAGCGCCAGGCGAGAAGCCACAAUUUUUAGGCGUUCGAGAGCAAAGAGCUACGCACAUACUGAUCUUUCUCAUGAUCGGCUGCUCCGUUCUCCUGACGCCGAUGCUCAGGCACAUACCGAUGCCAGUACUAUUCGGCGUCUUCCUUUAUAUGGGUGUGGCGUCACUUAAGGGACUCCAAUUCUUCGAUAGAAUACUCAUCAUGCUUAUGCCGGUCAAGUACCAGCCCGACUACAUGUUCCUUCGGCAGGUGCCGUUAAAACGCGUCCACGUAUUCACAGCGAUACAACUGACUUGUCUGGCCUGUCUAUGGAUCAUCAAGUCGUUUAGCACUACCUCUAUUCUAUUUCCAUUGAUGCUCGUAGUGAUGAUUGGCAUUCGCAAGUCCCUCGACUUGAUCUUCACUCAGCGAGAAUUGAAGAUACUCGACGACGUGAUGCCGGAACCGAGCAAGAAGCACGCCGACGAUCUUCGCCAAUUGGAGAGCGGCGAGGUUAGCAUCGUCAGACGAAUAUUAAGAAACUUAACUUGUCGUAAAUAGCGAACGAGGAAUGACCACCAGCUCGACGCUUGUCCAGUGGUCACUAUAACUAUGUGCGACUACGAUCGAUCCAGCUUAUGUCGUCAAAAAGAUUGAUCCUCUUGGAGGCCUAUAAAAGGGUUCUAAGGGGCCCCUAGAAAGGGCCUCUAUAAGGGGGAAGAAAAUAUUUUUUUAGAUAAAAAACUCACGAAAACUGCUCGGGAAAGAUUCUUCGUUUUUCUUUGAGCGUAAAACCACGACAGUAAGAAAUUAGUAUCGAAGCGUUUUUUAAUUAUUCCAACGCUUAUGCCUCAAGGAUCAAUAGUUACAAAAUGUUUGGCAAAUUUUAUACGAGAGAUUUACAUGUUCGAACGAGUGAUGUAAAAUUAAGACCUUUUCGCUUGUAUUCCUUAAUCCUUUCUAAUUUCUCGUUUCUUCCAAUUAACCGAUUGACCAAUAUUAAAAGAAAUGCAGCGAUCGUGGUCGUAAAUAAUUUUUAAAUAUACAAUAUACAUAACGUAGUAGGUAUAGCGUUUGAGCAGCUUUGUAUUAGGCGUUCAUACGAUGGCCAACAACGAUGUUAUUGCUAUUAUUGUUGUAUUAGAGACUAAUUAGGCCAAUGAUAUAUUUAAUGUUGAUCGCUUUCGUGAGAAUCUCAUUUAUGAAGAGAUUACAGAUUUCGAUAAGUUAGAAAAAUGUCCAACGCUCUGAUCCCGAUUAAUUCUCGCGGAUUAUCGUGAAUCUUUGGUGUUGAAUUUUCGCUUUUGUUACACACGUUGUUAUAAUUAUAAAGAAUAUAUUAAGUAAUCGUUAGACAAUAAACGACAGUAUAACGGAGCAUCGUUAUGUUCCACGUCGGACGAUCGAUCGCAUUCAGAACUACGACCAAUUUUUUCUCUUCGACUUUUCUUCGACUAAAAAUAACAUAUAUCUAAGAAAGUAUAUAGGCAACUACCUAUAAGUUAACGGAUCUAAUAUCAUUUUCCAUUCGCCGUCCUAAGAUUUGCUAUCGAUGUGUCCUCGUACAAUGUUCUAGAUUGAAAGCAGUGAUAAAGACUGUAAGACUAUCUGCCCGACUUGAACUGUCAAAAUACAUUGUUCUUUGAAGUACACAAAUACAAACACCUCUCUGUAUAA